AUGUUCUUUGAACUUUUCUCACAAAAUUCAGAAAUUGUAGGAGGUCCAGAGAAUUUAUUGACAAGACGAUUUGAUAAAUCGAGUAAAGUUAAGCCAGAUUUUUUUAAACUUGGCAUUUUCGAUGCCACGGCCAAGCAUUAUACACCAUUUACCAAAGUCACGACUUCUAUCGGUGGUGAACAUUAUGGUGGUUUGGGUACAAUCAAAUAUGACAUGAUAAAAUGGGAUUCUUAG